AUGGAGAAGACUGAUAACCAUCAUAUGCAUGUCGAAGGGGCUGAUCCCAGUCCCCAGGGAACAGAAGCGGGCAAGCAGUCCGACUUCUAUAUUGAAGACAGGGUUGCUCAUCUGUCUGAGGAGCAUCGACAGUAUCUCCUCGCCCGACAUGGCACUUUGGAUCUUGAUCCCAUCCCUGACAUGAGUGAUGCGGACCCGUACAACUGGCCUCGAUGGAGGAAAAACAUCAACCUCACGCUCGUCGCCUUCCACGCCAUGAUGGCCACCUUCACCGCAGCGUCCAUCCAAUCUGCCUUCGAAAACAUCUCCGAGGACCUAGAGGUCAGCAUGCAACGCACCAGCUACUUGGUCUCUCUGUUCAUUGCCGUGCUGGGCGGCGCACCGCUCUUCUGGCGUCCACUGUCGAAUCGGUUCGGUCGCCGGCCGAUUUUCCUAAUCUCGCUGGUCUGCAGUUUGGUUGGGAAUAUUGGUUGUGCGAAGAGUCCGUCCUAUGCGACUAUGGGUCUCUGUCGUGCUAUCACUGCUUUCUUUAUCAGUCCGGCUGCGGCUAUUGGUAGUGCGGUUGUCGCCGAGACUUUCUUCAAGAAGGAUCGUGCGAGAUGCAUGGGGGCGUGGACAUUGAUGGUCACGAUUGGUGUCCCUGCUGCGCCGUUUAUUACGGGCUUUGUUGCUUUGCGGGUUGGAUAUCGGUGGAUUUAUUAUAUUCUUGCUAUUGUCAACGCAGUCCAGUUCAUGCUCUACCUCUUCCUUGGCUCGGAGUCACUAUACGUCCGCGGUGAACAGGCCUCGCGGAAUGUGGCUCGGGUCAAGGAGAGUCUCUUCAAAUUUGGCCGUAUUGAUAACACUCCUCUGCGGAUUUGGGACUUCUUCCAGCCCUUGAGCUACUUCGCCAAGCCAUGUGUGGUUCUUCCAGCUGCUGCAUACGCCAUGAUCUUCCUCUGGGGUAGUGUCAUGCUCACAAUUGAGAUUCCGCAGCUGUACCCGGCGAUGUUCGGCUUCAACACGCAGCAGGUUGGACUCCAGUUCUUGGGUUUGGUGAUUGGGUCUGUGAUUGGAGAACAGAUUGGCGGGUUCAUCUCCGACAGGUGGAUGUUGAUGCGACAGAAGCGGAUUGGAGAGCCUCCUGCGCCUGAGUACCGUCUCUGGCUCAGUCAUAUUGGUCAUGUGUUGACCAUUUGUGGUAUUGUGGUGUUUACCAUCCAGCUGCGCGAUGCGGGCAGUACUUGGAGUAUCACUCCUAUUAUUGGUGCUGCUAUCGCGGCCGGUGGAAAUCAGAUUGUGACUACGAUUGACAUUACUUAUGCUGUCGAUUGUUAUCGCGAGGAUGCUGCGAGUGUGGGCGUUUUCAUUACUUUUGUUCGUCAGAUGUGGGGAUUCAUUGGACCUUUCUGGUUCCCUCAGAUGUUCACGACCGUUGGGUGGGCUGGUGGUGCUGGUAUUAUCAUUGCUUUGAUAGUAGCUGUCAGUAUCAUUCCCACCAUCUUGGUUCAAUGGCGAGGUGCUACAUGGCGAUAG